CACACAUUUAAUAUACUAACUAAUAGAUGAAAGUUAAAAAAUACAAGUGGUUCACAUAUGUUUUGACCUAUAAAUAAACUCGUUCUUAGAGAAGACGUCAUAAGCCCCAGUUCUCGUGUUUCCAUGCACCCAGCCGAUAAUAUCGUCUCGAAAGCAUCUAAACGGUAUUUAGCGUUACUUCCGCUGCGUGGUGUGUAUGCUUUGAAAAAAUUAUGUACAAACUAUAAAUCAAACGUUUGUUCCCUUGGUACCUACCAUUGGUUCAUCAUUGUCAAAGCACCUUUAAGUGUUUGGCGUCUGCACCCUCGAGUUGCUCUUAGCAUACGUGGUACGAGUGCAGCUCCAUUUCUGACGCAUUCAAUUUAGUGGGAUUAGUACCGCGUGAAAUAAUAUUGAAUCGUCGCUGCUUAUUCAGCAACUUUGAGUUUCUGAAACAUAGCAAUUGUAACACUUGGUUUGUCCAGGCGUGGUUAUAACGGAUUGUAUUAGUUUAACUCGCGGAAUUAUUUCAUUUGUCUCCGAUAUCGUUUAUUACAUUCGUUUUUAUCUUUGAGCAGAACUUGCUUUGAAAAUCAAGGGUUUUGGUUUUGUGUGGUUCAUUAACUACCGGAUAUUUUGUAUCUGUUAUUGGUAUUGCUGCGGUUUUUAGGUCUUUCUUUUUCGUUCAAAAAUUGUUGUCGUUUUUUUAAAAGGCUACGGUCAAAUUCUAAUUUCCUUCAUUCUUUGGGUAACAUUGGUAUCAUGAAUCUUGGAGAAUUCGAUACUCUUUCAAGCACGGACUCAGUCUCGAAGCCUUAUGACUCUUCCACCGAGACUGGUGAGAUAACUUUUAGACCUGUGUAUCGGGACCACGUUGAUGAUACGGAGGAUUUAGCUCGCUUGGGUUACAAACAAUCAUUCCAUAGAGGUCUUUCGCUUUUCGGUGUUUUUAGUGUUUCUUUUUCCGUCUUAGGUUUACUUCCCUCGGUCGCGGCAACGCUUAACUUUUCUAUGCUGGCCGGUACACCAGGAAUGUUAUGGGGUUGGCUCAUUGCUUUGGUGUUUGUCUUAUGUGUCGCUGCAAGCAUGGCCGAAUUGUGUUCUAGUAUGCCAACAUCCGGAGGAUUAUACUAUUCGGCCAAAGUGCUUGCGCCCAAAAGGUGGGGUCCUUUGGCUUCUUGGGUUACUGGUUGGUCCAAUUAUAUAGCUCAACUUUGUUUUCUUGGAAGCUGUAUCUACAGUUUGUGCGCCUUGUUAAUUUAUGGUGUCGACGAGUUCGAUGGCAAAGAUUUUGUGUACAUGAAUUAUCAUAUAUAUUUCCUGUGUCUUACUUUCAUCGUGGUGCUUUCUAUCAUGGCUUCAUUACCCACUAGGAUAAUGGGAAAGAUUAAUUCUGUUUUCACGUUCUUGAACAUACUUUCCCUUCUCGCUGCUAUCAUUAUUAUUCUGAUUAGCGCGUCUAUGCGUCACGGCUUUAACACUUCCACAGGAGUAUGGCGUAAUUUUCAAAAUCAAACCGAGUGGCCUCAGGGGUUUGCUAUGUUUAUGUCGUUUUGUGGUGUAAUCUGGUCUAUGGUCGGAUUGGAUACUUCUUAUCAUCUUGUUGAGGAAUGUGCCAGCGCCUCUGUGAAUGCGCCCAACGGUAUAAUGCUUACUGCUUUAGUUGGCGGAUUUUCUGGCUGGAUUAUACAUGUAAUGAUCGCAUACACAGUUGUUGAUUACUCGCGAGUUGUUAAUGCCCCUAACCUGUGGGUUGAAUAUCUGAUACAGGUUCUUAGCCAUAAUGGCGCUAAGGCAGUCAUCGCUCUUACCUUGUUUUCAAAUUUUCUUAUGGCCCAGGGUGUAUUAAUUUCCUCUUCCCGUAUCGCAUAUUCGUACGCUCGUGAUGGCGUUCUCCCUUUCUCAAAAUGGAUUGCACGAAUAAACAAACGGACCACGACACCAAUUAAUGCGGUCAUUGCAAACAGCUCUAUAGUGGCCGCUAUUCUUUUGUUUGUUUUCGUCGGACAGUGUGCGAUAGAUGCCAUAUUUGCUGUUUCCGGAAUUGCAGCGUUUGUUGCGUUUAUUAUUCCGAUUGGCCUUCGUUCAUUUGUCGUGAAGGACAGUAAGUUUUUUCGUGGGGCGUGGCAUUUAGGUCGAUGGUCUCGAUUCAUUGGUGGAGUUGGUACCAUUUUCGUGGUGAUUAUGAUUCCAAUAUUGUGUUUUCCGACUUCCAUGCACCCUGGCCCUUUUGACAUGAACUGGACGAGUCUUGGGUAUAGUGUGCCAAUGGCAGCAGUCCUUUUGUGGUUUGCUUUCGGGGCUAAACACUGGUACAAGGGACCAAAAACGGACAUGCCCGGAUUGGAUAUUCCGCGCAUGUCAAGUUUUAAAUGCUAAAGACAGCAUAUUCUUUUCCAAUCAUCCAUCAGGGAGAACAUAACUUCAAGCACGUACAAGAAAACAACACUACCAUACCCGUUUCUUGUUUAGAUAAUUUUUUACAUUUAUUCGGGUUCGCACAACUUAUCUUAGAGUAUUGCUUUUGUUUUAAAUUAAAUGUUGCAAUAUGCAUGUCAUUGGCACGAACAUCCGAACAUAUUAUGCAUUCCAUGGCGCCUGCAUUCCCAAAAACAGUCAAUUUAUGUAAUUCAUGAAUGAUUGCUAAAUAAAAGGUUGUGUUGCUACAGAAGAAGAUGAUGCACCAUCAAAAUCAAAGAUGAGCUAAUAAUAGAUCUUCAAAACGGAAUAUCAUAUAAAUUAUCAAAUAGUCUAAU